AUGUUCGUCUACUUGUGUUGCCUGGAAUAUCUACCACACAUGUCCUUAGAUCAUCGUUUGGGUGAAAAGCUGAACGAAUUAGUUCACUGCGGCACAACAAUCAUCAAACACAACGGGCGGCGGUUCCUUCUACGCACACCCAUUUGUCCUGCAUUGAAGCUACUUAAUCACAUCACCGGUAAGCGAUUUUCCGGUUAUCAUCUUUUGGCUUGA